AUGACACCAGUGGCCGACGACGCGCAGCCCACGCAACGUGACAGCACGACGGUGCAGGCACCGUUGACCGAUGCUACAACGGCCUUGCUGGCGACGCAGUAUGGUACAUGGUACCCUGCGCUUCGUGCCCACACGCCCAAAUCUAUGGUUCUUGACGUAGAAGAGAUCCAGCCUGAGUUCGUGGCAUGGCUGGAUGAAGAUGGCUUGGUCCUAUCGGACGCGAACGACGACCGUGGGCCCUUGCGAACCGUCCCCCGUGACGAGGACCUUGAAGUGCUCAGCAACCCUAGCGAAGAGGAAGACGAGGAGGAUCAAGGUGCCUAUUUUCCGGCGCUCAAUGACAAAAUUCGCGCUGUGCUUGAUCGAUAUGGCGCCGUGUUCCCCAAAUUCAAUUGGAGUGCACCGCAGGAUGCAGCGUGGAUCAUGCCUGGGAACACACUCAAAUGUCAAUCUCCGAACGAUAUAUACCUACUUUUGAAAUCGUCUGAUUUUGCCAUGAAAGAUCUGCUGCAAGUGCGUGAGCUGGCCUCUGCAUGUGAAGCACAGCAGCGCUCGGAUCGGCCACGUCUUCAGCUGGUGCUUAAGAAAUGGUUUGAAAUGCCACGCUCGCACGAAUUCCGGUGCUUUGUACGCGAUGGUCUCUUGGUGGCAGCAUGCCAACGCGAUAUGACCUUUUACGAGCACCUGCAAGCGCCAUCGACGCAAGCCCGUAUCCAGGCUAUGCUGGCGCAGUUCUAUACCGAGCACAUCUCCGCAGUAGCCCCGCGUGAUAUUGUGUUUGAUGUAUACCUUACGCGGAACCUGGAUCGCGGAUUCCUCAUGGACCUCAACCCAUGGCUGCCACGCACGGAUCCAUUGCUAUGGUCGUACGACGAACUCGCUUCGCUGGAGCCCAAGACACCCGUGCCUCUACGUGUCCUAACCUCUGCGGCACAAGCAUCGCAAGCGCUGCCUACCUAUUCCGCGCACAUGGUCCCCUCCGAUGUGGUGGACAUGAGCCAGGGCCAGAACAUUGCCGAGUUUGCACAGCAAUGGUCGUCCCAGCUCAAAGAGGCUACGGCUGCGGAGGACGAUUAG